GCGUGGAGGGUGAGGCGCGUCCGGCCAAGCCGAAGCCGCCGCCAGCUCUUCCGCUCGGGACGUUCCCGUCCUCCAUUCCCGGCGCCGUUCCAGUCUCCCUACUCCAGCUCUAGCGGCGGCGUUACCCUUACCACCGGGGGCGGCGCGCUCAGGGGCGAGUCCUGCUGACAUGGUGGUUCAGUAGAAUGGCACAUUUGGGGGUCGCAAGCUGCCACCACCGGUGUGGUCCGUGGUCAAGUGGCUCCGCGCCAAUUAUCACUGUCACUGCAUCAGCGAUGAGCUCUUCACGGGUUAGAGCACACGCGGUGCAUUUGGAUUGCCCACCUAGGACCGAGCAGAGAAAUGGUGGCGAUCUAGUGGUGAUGAGGCCUUACCAGCGGCCACGGUCAGGGGACAAUUUAGUCAAGCGGAAGAAUGCCGGUAACGUGGUAGUGAUGCGCCCAGACCGAAAAAUGCGGGAUGACUUGGCGGACUAUGCAACCCCUAGAAAUGGCAGAGCACCAAUGGACAUUGAGAAUGUCAUUUUGUCCCCGCAAGCUAAGCCAUGGAACUGCUUGGGUCAGAACUCAGACAAGGGGUUAGAUUUGCCGAAAGAUAAAAGGAUGUUUUAUGCUAGCAACCUUCGCCGGUACUGCAACAACGGGAAGCUCCUCCAAGCUUGCUGCGUGAUUGAUGAAAUGGUGCUACAUGGACAGAUUCCGGAUUCCAAGUGUUGUAAUAGAUUGAUCCGUGGCCUUGUUAAAAUUGGCAAGACAAACAAAGCCAGGGACGUUCUUGAGGUUAUGGUGCUCUCAGGUGGGAUUCCAGACACUAUCACUUGCAACAUGCUGAUUGCCCAACUUUGCUGCACAGGGCAGCUGAACUACGCGAUGAACGUAUUGGAGGAUAUGAGGUAUGGUGGUACCUCUCCAAGUGGCAUUACUUUUAACACUCUGAUUAGGUGCAUGUGCAACCAGCGAAUGUAUGACAGGGCAAUCGCCUUUUGGAAAGAGCAAUUAAGAAUAGGCUGGCCACCGUAUGUUAUGACUAGCACCUUGCUUGUUGAUCUUGUAUGCAAAAAUUGUGGUCCUACGCGUGCCAUGGAACUGUUGGAUGAACUUGCUCUGGAGGGAUGUCAACCAGAUGUCGUCACCUACAAUGCUCUUAUCAGUGCAUCAUGCAAAGCAGGCAGGUUGAAGGAUGCAAAGACCACUUUAACUCGUCUGAUUGCUAAAGGCCUUGAGCCAAAUAGUACAACUUAUUGCAUUUUACUCCAUGCCCUCUGCAACAAGAAAAGGUGGGCUGAGGCUUGUGAUUUACUUGCCCACAUGAACCAUGCAGAUUGUGAGCCUGAUGUAACCACCUACAAUAUCUUUAUCAAUUACUUCUGUAAGUAUGGACAUCUAGAUCAAGCUAUUGAUGUGUUGGAAAAGAUGGUUAGCGAUAAAUGUUGUCCUGAUAUAGUGACGUACAACACACUUCUGAAUGCCAUAUCCAAAGAGGGUAUGGUUGAAGAAGCUCUUGCAAUAGCACAUUGCAUCCGACAAAGUGGAUGUCAGUUGGUUCAAAUUACGUACAACACCCUCAUAGAUGCUUUAGCCAACAAGGGCCAGGUGAAGAAAGCUGUGGCUCUGUUUGAUGAGAUGGCUAGUGAUGGGAUCUGUCCUGAUGACAUUACUUAUGGUUCACUCAUUAUGGGCUUCUGUAAGAAAAACAUAGCUCAAGAGGCCCUGCAGCUCUUGAAUCGGACACUUGCUCUUGGCUUUCAGGUUAAAACAACUACUUUUGUCAUGGUGAUCCAGGCAUUAUGCAGAGAUGGCAAAGCAGAAGCUGCUGCUGAAAUACUGAGAGUAAUGGUAUCAGAAAUUAAAAACAACAGUAAUUCAUUUUAUCUAUCUAUAGUCAGAAGUGUAGCCAAAUCAGGCAAGAUUGCAGAAGCAGAAAGGCUGCAUCGCGAGUUAGUUGACUGCAAGAUCCUCCCACUAGAGCAUAGCGUUCUUGAAGAUACUUUGUAGUCAGAAAGUAUGGAACUCAGCUUAACUUAGGAGAUAAUUCCUGGAAGUUGCGCAUAGCGUCUCACCAAGCAAAGGUGCUCUAUGACUAUGAGAUUUGAUCGAUGUCCCAAACCUCACCAUGAUGCUUCCUUUUGAUGGUUCUUUGCAAAAUGGUGUUCUGCUACUGCACAAUUAUGCUCUGGUUGAUCAUAUGUCAAAAUUGUGUGCCCUUACUCUGCCCGUGCCAUCACAUCUUAAAGCAACACUGUUUUUUGUUGUGAUUAAUGGUGUUGUGGCGUUGCUGUUGUUGCCGUCACGCCGGACUAUUUUUUUGCCUCAGAAAGACGAAAGACGACGGUAUAGUUCCCUUAGCAGUAGAUGCAUCUGCUGUUGUAGCUUCUAGUUUGCAUUCUAGCCACUAUAGUUCGACGGAUGAGUUAUUGUGUAAGAUGCACUCUAACUUUGGCAAUUGCGACUAGAAGAUAUCUAGUGCUCCAA